CUUCCGCCCGGAGAUGCUCAGGCUCUGGCUGCGAGCAGCUACUUCCGCCAGGAGUCCUUAGCAUCUCGGACUUGGAAAGUGGCCUUAGGGCGGCCUCCUCCUACCUUCAGCCUGCCCACCCGAGGACGGGUCCCAGGUGGCGGCUGCGGCUGCUGGGCCUGUCGCAGAGCGUCCCCGCUGCCCGAAUCUUGGGCCUGGGAGGACCGAGUGGUGCGGCAGUGACGCCCGGCCUGGCCCAGCCCGGGCCGAGCCCUGGUCUUCCCGCGGUCGGUGAGGGUGGCCACACGCCUCGCCGCGCCCACCCCAGCCUGGGGCGGGGCGCCGCCGUCCCGCCCGGGUCCCCGCCCCUCCGGCCUGCCCAGCGCCGGGUCAUUCCCUUCAGCCCUGCGGCGGUCUGACCGUCUCGUACCUCCGGGGCUCGGCAGUCCCCUGCCUCCGGCCGCUGGAGAACAUGGAGUUUGCGGAGCUGAUUAAGACCCCGCGGGUGGACAAUGUGGUGCUGCACCGGCCUUUCUACCCCGCCGUCGAGGGGACCUUGUGUCUGACUGGCCACCACCUGAUCCUGUCCUCCCGGCAGGACAACACGGAGGAGCUAUGGCUCCUCCAUUCAAACAUCGAUGCCAUCGACAAACGGUUUGUGGGACCACUGGGUACCAUCAUCAUAAAAUGUAAAGAUUUUCGAAUUAUUCAGUUGGAUAUUCCUGGAAUGGAGGAAUGUUUGAAUAUAGCUAGUUCUAUUGAGGCCUUGUCCACCCUGGACUCCAUCACUCUGAUGUAUCCUUUCUUUUACCGGCCCAUGUUUGACGUGAUAGAAGACGGCUGGCAUUCCUUCCUCCCCGAGCAGGAGUUUGAACUCUACUCUUCAGCUACCAGUGAAUGGAGGUUAAGCUACGUCAAUAAGGAAUUUGCUGUCUGCCCCUCUUACCCACCAAUUGUCAUCGUGCCCAGAGCCAUCGAAGACGAAGCUCUCCGGAAGGUAGCUGCGUUUCGACACGGAGGCCGCUUCCCAGUUCUCAGCUAUUACCAUAAAAAAAACGGAAUGGUAAUUAUGCGAAGUGGUCAGCCACUCACUGGCACAAAUGGGAGACGGUGCAAAGAAGAUGAGAAGCUGAUAAAUGCUACCCUCAGAGCAGGAAAGCGGGGCUACAUCAUCGACACCCGGCCUCUGAACGUAGCUCAGCAAGCCAGAGCCAAAGGAGGCGGCUUCGAGCAAGAAGCUCAUUAUCCCCAGUGGAGGCGGAUUCAUAAGUCCAUUGAGAGGUAUCACAUUCUUCAGGAGAGCUUAGUCAAACUCGUGGAAGCAUGCAAUGACCAAACACACAACAUGGACCGGUGGCUCAGUAAACUGGAGGCCUCCAACUGGCUGACUCACAUCAAGGAGAUUCUGACCACCGCCUGCCUGGUGGCUCAGUGCCUAGACAGGGAAGGAGCAUCCAUACUGAUUCACGGAACAGAAGGAACUGAUUCCACACUGCAGGUCACCUCCCUGGCCCAGAUCAUCUUGGAACCAAGAAGCAGGACCAUCCGUGGCUUUGAGGCCUUGAUAGAAAGAGAGUGGCUGCAGGCUGGUCACCCAUUCCAACAGCGCUGCGCUCAGUCAGCCUAUUGUAACAGUCGGCAGAAGUGGGAGUCGCCUGUGUUUCUUCUCUUCUUGGACUGUGUGUGGCAGAUUCUUCGUCAGUUCCCUUGUUCUUUUGAGUUUAAUGAGAAUUUCCUCAUCAUGCUCUUUGAGCAUGCGUAUGCCUCGCAGUUUGGAACAUUUCUGGGCAACAAUGAAAGUGAAAGAUGUAAGUUGAAGCUACAGCAGAAAACGAUGUCUCUGUGGUCCUGGGUCAACCGGCCCAGUGAACUGAGCAAGUUCACCAACCCUCUCUUUGAAGCCAACAAUCUUGUCAUCUGGCCUUCGGUUGCUCCACAGAGCCUUCAGCUGUGGGAGGGUAUUUUCCUACGUUGGAACAGAUCCUCCAGGUACUUGGAUGAAGCAUAUGAAGAAAUGGUUAACAUCAUUGAAUAUAACAGGGCAUUGCAGGCGAAAGUGAAUAUCCUUAGGAGGCAGCUGGCAGAACUGGAGACUGAGGAUGGGAUGCAGCAGAGCCCCUGAAUUGAGGAGCCCCACGCCCCAGAAGGACCGUCCGUCCGCUGGCCCACCUAUCUCUCCUUUGCCCUUCAGUUCACUUUCACACAGUAGCCUUGAACUUAAGGCUUUAGAUGUGAGAACCUUCUAAUUUAAUGGGGUUCUCAGUACUUUAUGAAUGAAACGUACUAUAGUUACUCGUGUUUCAUGUGGCCUGCGAGUCAUCUUCACUUUGGGAGCAGGAAGGAGGUGCUAGUAAUUUUAUUUUAUGUGAAACAGGUGACUUAUUUAAUGCCAUUUGUGUUAUAUGCCAUUUUAGCAUAAGCCUUUUUCUCUGCGUCCACUUCCCAAACAGUGCUCCAGACCAGUCAAGGACAUGAUUAAUCUCUUUAGGGAGUAUUUGUUAGUUUAAAAAAGGAUCAGACUUUUAAACACUCCAAAUACAGAAAUAUUUUCAAACUUGAAAUGGUUGGUAAACCAAGAAUUUUGUGUCUAAUAUGCCGUUUGCAAUAUCUUUGCCACAUAAUGUAGCCAUUCUCUUUAAAAUAGUUUUGUACUGACAGAGCUGAAUUCAUUCUCAUUCUGCUUUGUCAGGAAAGGAAAAUCGGAAUAUUUAUUCAAGGUAAAUUAUUUUUACAAGGGCAGUAGUUAUAGUCCUCUGAUAUUUACCUUAAGAAGUAAAUUUAUUUUAACAGUAGACAAAAGUAUGUGCAAUGCAGAAAAAAAUAGGAAUUUUUACUGAUAAGGUAUCAUUAGUGUUGAAUUGGUUUUUCAGGGUUUUGACCAUCCAUACAAAUGUGUAUCGAAUGCUGGGUGUAACAUUAAACCAUCAUUUAGAAUAGAUGUCGAUUUGUUAUAAUUAAGCUACAAAUAUGGUUUCUUUAAACCAGAGAUGCACUGCCCUUGUCUCAAGUUCUUACUGCACUGGUUUAUGUAUGUUAUGUGUAUGUUUUAUCGUGUUCUGUUUUAUUUUUAAAUAUUCUAAGAGUUUACUAAUACGAACGUUAAAAUUUUCACAUUGGCUCGAGCUGUUUGAAAAUUUACCAUGACUCUGCUGGUUUGUCCAUUGUGUUAGGCAAAUAUAGUUUUAAGAGGAGGCGAAAGUUUAUGAACAUGAUGCAGCUAUGUUUUAAACUUCAGAAGCCAGUUUGAAUGUCUCAACGUUACAGAAACAGUGAUGACUGUAUGCUGUGCUGGUUUAUGCCUGCAACUCUAAAAGUUGGUAGUUUGGUGCUUUCCACGUACAUUUCUGUUUUGUGGCACUGCUCAUUUUAACAAAAACUAUCAAUUCUGGUUUUCCUUUGAAAGGAUAAUUCAAGAGUAAUCCUCAGUACUAUUUCCAUCCCAUCUGUAUAUAACCAUUUCAUUGUAAAACACCAAAACUGAAUCCUGCUUUAGAGCUGUAUAUUAAGUUAAAAAUAAAAUCCUUAAAAACCUACCCCAGCAAAAUCAAUGGCCACAUUCAGAGGCCUUAGAAAGCCCAUCUCCAGCUUUAGAAAUACUUUCUAUCUCCAGUUUCCCAACCUUUGUCUUUCUUCUGUUUCCUCAGACUUGUAGCAGAAGGCUGGGCAAGAAUCCGUAGUCAGAGCUCUCUCGGGAAAUGUGUCUUCCUUCCGUAAGCUCAGUUUAACUCCUGACCUGUUUUCUUGGCCAUAGUUGUGAGUCUUGGGGCAUUAGAGCCCCCACCGAAAGGCCAAGGCAAGGAGCAAAGAAGACGCACUUUUCUUGCUCUGAAUAUCUCUGUGUUGUGUGAAAUGUCUAUUGAUUUUUUUUAAAGAGGAAACACCCCAGCUUUUUGGGGGGCCCUCAGAAUUGCAGAAGGAACCUUUCCUCCUCAGUUAACAGACCCAUAAGGAAAACCAUCUAGAGAUGUUUUUAGCAAUUCUUUAGAAGGGAUUCCCGCUGGUGAUGCUGACCGGCCAUGAGGGUCCCGUGGGUGGGAACUGUGGAGGGGGUUCUUCUCAGGCUGGUCGUGGAGAAGUCGUGUGCCAUCAGUUUACGCCUGUCUUCCUGGUGAACGUUUUCUGUGUGAGCGAGAGCGCAGUAACCUUUUCAUGCUUCACUUUUUUUUCUUUCUCUCGUUGAGACAGCAAUCAUAAGCUGUCUGGAGAAGUUUGUGUUAUAGUAUUAAUUUAUAAUUAGGGAUUGUCCAAACCUCAGUUCUGUUUACAGGGUGUGAAAACAAACUUUGGUGUCAGUGCACUUUCAAAGGGGUCAUCUAAUAACGCAAAUAUUAAGGUUUCCCCAAACUUGAGAACUUUGUCAAAAACAACUGCUUUAUCAGUAUAAUCUGAAGAAAGUUUUUAGUAAUACUAUUAAGGAGCUCAUCCCUUGGAUGAAAGGAACAAGUGCGAUGGAUGUACUCAUGAGAAGAUACUUCUUAAAGGUUCAGUUUGGAGAACUGUCUUUGAUAAAUGUGGCGUGUUUAUUUAUAGUGAAGGUUUGCAUUUUGGGGAUGUAGAAAAGCAGGCUCCACAAGAAUAUUUUAAAAAUACAAAGGAUUGUUAUCAUCCUCUGUCAGCAGUACAGGGGUCCUUAGGUUUAAAUUAAUAUUUUUUUUUAAAUCAGAAGAACAUAGUUGGUUGAUUAUAUAAAAAUACUGAAACUUUUUGGGUGGUAAGACUUUUCGGUAAUUAAUUGUUUGAAAUUUUUCAUUCUGAUUUUAUUAAAUCGGAAGAAAAAAGCGGAAAUUAUAAAACCUGAUAGGUUUAAAACAACCUACAAAUGUAUUUUAUUUCUCAGAAAAAUAAGGCCUUUUGAAGAAAAGUUUUUAAAGUAAUUUUUGGGAAAACUUUGGGAGACAUAAUCAUUCAAGUUCCUUUAUGGGGAAUUUUAACAUUUAUCUUUGAACUCCAAAGCCUGAUUUUGUAGAGGUGAUAUGUCAUUGCUUUUCAUCUUAAAGGGUAGAAUUUCGGGGAGAUUCUGGUCUUUGAUUUAGUCAGUAUUUAUGUUAAAUUAAAAAAUCAGUGUCAUGGAAAAGAUUUGACCAGUAGUUGUCCCUUGACAGCUGUUGUUGCAUUUUAAAAAUUCUUUAAAAAUUUAAAGAUGUAACUCUUGAAGUUGUCUGGUUUCAAGAUUAGCGAUUUUAAUUGUCAGUCUUCCCUAGGUCAUCAGAUUCACUUACUAUCAGACCUGAACCUGGGGCCCCAUCUUGGUAUUGACCAGAUUUAAUGAAUGAAACUGCAUGAGGGUGUUAUGAGCACUCUUUAUCAGAGAGCUGUUUCCUGGACAAAAAAAUGGGCAAUGUUUAGAAUAGUUAAUCCCCUGUUCUGGAAGCUUGGAGAAGGAACUCAUUCAGUAUACCUAAUACAGGUUUGUCCUGUGCCUCCGACAGCAUGGGUUAGUUUUCUUACUGUUUACAUGGCUCGCAUCUUUUCCCCCUCCACAGCUGGUACCCUCAGUUAUUACUUGGUAGCAUUUCUGUGUGAUUCACCAUCUAAACAAAAAAUAGACUGAUUUCUACAUCAAAAUUUAUUCUCAAAUGAUAUGAAAUGCUAAUUUCCUGGUAGUGUCAGCUUUCUAAUUUUGGUUUACUUGAAUAAAACUACUUCUGCCUUCACUGAGUCUUUAUAAUCCAGUAUCCAUAGCAUUUUCUUCCUUUAAACCACUGAUUGCCAAGAAGAGACCCCCUGAAACUCCAUGGCUAGGUUUCAGAAAGCCUGAACUUGUUUCCUAAGUCCCCUUCAAGAAAUCUCACAGCCUGUGUUUGAACUGCACUGCAGAACUGCAGUUUGUGCUGGAGUUAGUGGAAAGAUAACAGGGCUCACUGGAGAUGCUACAUUGUCCUGAAAAAGAGCUUCCUGUCUUCUAGAGCCGUUCUGUUUAACCAUCUGUGAGCAUACAAAUUGUGCAACACCGCCUGUGUCUGUCUGCCCAAGACAUUUGCUUCACUUCUCAAAUGCACAUAUCUUUGGAGAGGAGACUUAUUCCACACAGACACCCCCUGAGUUCUGUUUAGAAUCCUUAUAGGUCUAUUACCAUCUACACUGAAAAUAUACUUGUACAGCUUAGAUAUUUAAAAAAAAAAAAGUAUGUAUUUCUUCAAUAGCCAGGCAUUUGGAUUGUACUCUUGAUAUAUUUGAAUGUGACUAUUGGAUUUAAGUGCACUAUUAUUCAUGUCUUACACAAUAAAAUUGCACUGUAUGCCAAAUGUGUCUAUAAUGUAUGCUUUGCUAAAACCUCAGAGUGCUGUAACAUACAUACAGGUUUCAGUAUUGUGAACCUGUCUGCAUACAGGGGAAAAUUCUGAAAUUUGUUAAGUCUGUGUAACAUUUUAAUAAUAUUUGUCAUGUUCCCUUAAGUGAUGAGGUCACUUAUUGGCUAAGGCUGGAAUCGUUUAUGCCAAGUUGGCUACUUUGUCAAGCCUGGUUUAUUGAAUUGAGAAACAGUCUUGUCAAACACGGUACUGUUACCUUAGUGCAUAAGAUUUGUGUGUUGCAUCUCCCUCUGCCUCAGAGGACUGUUGCACAGAUGCUAGUGUUAAAUUUCUACAGAAUGGUAAUAAAAUUUGAAUACAUUCAAA